AUGGCCACCUCAAAACCACGGGUGGUCCCGACAUCAGAAAGCCUAGACGAUUCCAACGGUUCGCAGGACCAGGAUCGACACGAAAUUCAAGAUGGAGAGUCUACGACACGGGUGUUCCCAGAGCUUCAGGACAAAGUGGAUUGCGUCAUCGUGGCGAUCGAAACCGCCGUCGACAAUAUGAUCAAGGAAAACGCGGUCUGGUUCAAGACGACUGCAUGGCUCCUCGACGACUUGUAUUGGAAUGUAAACAGUCUUGCCAUUGCAGUGGAAGCCACCGCGGCCCUGACGACGCCUUGGGAUGACAUAGCUAGAUUGGGUUGA